GCGAGAAUGAUGUCAUUGUGAGCUUUUAUCAGUUGAAGUCAGAGGCUGGCGUGGUCAUCUAUAAAAUAGUUUCUGACCAACGAAUUGUCAUCAGUUAACCUCAACAAUCUUUAGAAGCAACAAGCAUAACUUUCCCAAGCAAAACAUGAAGAUCUUUCUGAGCGUGUUCUUGGCAUCGGUAGCCAUGGUUUCUUCCCAAGGAUACAACUAUCACACACAACCACAGUCUCUGCAAUUUCAGCAACAGCAACACCAAUACUAUCCACAACAACCAUUGGUCAUGCAAAUCACUCCAUCCGUCCAAUUACCCUCGAAUUCGGUUAACCAGCUACCAGUUGCUCCACAAGCAUUCAUCUCCCAGCCUCAGAUAAAGAACCAGCAGUCAUAUCGCAGUUCGCGUCCUAGCAUUCCACGUAUUAGGAAGCCAAUCGUUUCCAAGAGCUUUUUCAUCCAUUCUGCCCCAGAGGAGACCGAAGAAGAAGUCCAGGAGGAGUUAUCUCAGCUAAGUCAACAGCCACGCAAGCAUUACAACGUCUUGUUCAUUAAGUCACCAUCUCAAACCAACAAGGCCGCCGCCUUGAACUUUGCCAAGUCACUUAAUGAAGAAAAGACUGUCGUAUAUGUGUUGACCAAGAAGACCACUGCUGCUGAUUUGCAAGAAGCCGUUCGUGAUGCACCACAAAAGACCAUCAAGCCUGAAGUAUUCUUCAUCAAGUAUCGUACUCCAGAGGAGGCUGCCAAUGCCCAAAGGCAAAUCCAAUCGCAAUACGAUACUUUGGGAGGAUCAUCCACAAUUUCCGAUGAAGGAUUCGCCCAAGUUACUUCCGUUAUUGGUUCAUUGGAUCCCCAGACCCAGGAAGAAGAUAUUUCUCAAAGCCAAAGCUACGAAGAUGUGUCUGACAAUUCAUUGUCCAAUAACAAUGGCUACCUGCCACCACAGUAUUAGAUUCAUCUUCAGUGUAUGAAAGUGUAAAGUUAGAGCUAAUCAUUACGAAGUUCAAACUGAUUGUUGUUACGUUUUUAGAAAAAUUGUUGUUAUUAUUAGUGUUUAAGGAUUUAAUUAAAGAAAACAAUUUAUUAAAUUA